AUGCCUGUGAUACCGGAGAAACGCCAGCUGGACGCGCGCGUCCGGGGCGCCCUGGGGGCGCAAUUCUGGGCGCAGCCCGUGGAGAGCGGCCGCGCGGUCGUGGGCGCCACCGCCGCCACGCCGUGCGAGCCGCCGCCGCUGCCGCUGGCCGCGCCGUCGGGGCUGUCGCGCACGCAGCUGCUGGUGGCGGCGCAGGCGGCGGGGCUGCCCUUCUUCCCGGGGUGGUGCGAGGCGCACGGCGGGACGGUCCUGGACCGCGUGCUGGUGCAGACUGGGCGCAAGCGGUGGUGGGGCGCGCUCACGGGGCGCCUCAAGGCGCAGCGCAUGGUGGGGCAGCGCGGCACGCACACGCUGCGGGAGGUGCUGCAGGACCCCGAAAACUACGCACUCGCAGCAUCGGGCCGCGUCCUGCUGUCAGAGGCCACCACCCUGCGCGCCUCAGCCCAGGCCGACCGCCUCAGCCAGCUGCCCUCCAGCCUCGCGGGCUGGCGCCCCAGCUGGCGCCGCAAGGGCGCCGCGCCGCGAGACGGCGACGCGGACGCUGGCGCUGAGGCCGGCGCAGCGGCUGGCAGCGGCAGCGCUGCGGGUGGCGGCGGUGCCGCGGGGCCGCGCUGCGGGCCGUGGGCGGCGCUGCAGCUGAAGCAGCAGCUUCUCGACGGCUACGAGCUGACCGCUGACCUGGCGCUCAACGAGCCCUCGCUAGACGGCGUGCGCGCGUCCAUCAACACGCCGCUGCGCCUGAGCGUCGACGUCGGGCCCCGGCCGGGCCUGGCCCCGGGGCCGCUGAUGUACCGCGUCGGGGCGCACGGCGUGCUCGCGCCGGCGGCGGCAGAGGCGGCGGGGGGCGGCGGGGGGCGCGCGGCGCACGUGCUGGCGGCGCACGCGCAGGGCGCCCUGGCGCUGGCGGGCGGCCGCACCCUGUGGCAGGCGGCCUCAAAGCCCUGGGAGCGCAGCCCCAGGCGCGGCCUGGUGCGGCGGCCGCUCGUCAUAGCGCCCCUCCAGCAGCAGCAGCAGCAGGCGACAGCAUCGCCGUCCGGCGACGACACCCAGCGGCAAGGGGAGGCCGUGCCGCCCGCCCCGCACAGCAGCGACCACGCCGCCGCCACCGCGCCCGCCGGCGAUGACGGCCCCCGGCGCCGCCACCCCCCCAAGCCGCGCCGCCACCGCGGCGCAUCCGGCGCGGCCGCGGCCCGCGAGGGCGGCGCCGCCGCGCUGCUGACGCCGGGCCAGGUGCAGGACGGCCUGCAGCAGACCACCUGGCGGCUGGAGCGGCUGCGCACCGACCUGCAGUCCUGGGCCGGCCGCGCCAACGCGGGCGAGCUGCUGCCGCCCGCCGAGCGGCCGCCCAAGGGCGCCGGCGCCGCGCCGGGCGGCUGCUGGAGCAGCGUGCUGCAGGCGCCGCACCUGCGGGUCAGCGGGCUGGUCGGCGCGCUCGGCCGCGUGCCGCUGCACCACUCCCACUUUGACGCCGCCCCGGAGUCGCCCAUCGCCGGCGCCGCCGCCGCCACGUCGUCCCGCCGCCGCGGCCGGCGCGGCGCGGGCGCAGGCGCAGACGGCGCCGCGGCGGGGGGCGCGGAAGCGGCUGAGGGCGCCCCCGCGCCGCCGGCCGGGCCCGCGCUGGGCUCGCCGGCGUGGCUGCGCCAUGCGGGCGCCGCCGGGCGCGGCUUUGCGGAGCGCGUCGUGUUUGGCGGUCUGGGGGGCCUGGGCGGCCUCGGCUCCCACCUCGCGCGCGACGUGGGCGUGCGGCUGUUCGCGUCCGGCGGCGCGGCGCUGCAGCUCGGCCGCAUGCGGCGCAACUUUCUCGAUUUCACGCGGCUGGAGGCGACGCUUGACGCCGGCCUCACAGGCCCCAAGGUCCUGGGCAGCGGCGCCGGCGGCACCAGCGGCGGCGCAGCUGCUCCCCGCGGCGGCGGCGGCGCGCGCCACCCGGCGUUUGCGCUUGACGACACGGGCGCGUGGCACGCCCUGACGCUGUCCGCGUCGCAGCAGCUGGCCGGACCAGUCCGGCUGCGCGCGGACUGGCGCCUCGCGCUGGACUCUGCUGCGCCGCUGCCGGGCGGCGGGCCGGGGCUGGGGGGCGCGCCGCAGGCGGCGGCGCUGCUGGCGCGUCACGUGGGGGGCAUGCGGCCGACGCUGCUCGACGCGGCGUACGGCCUGGACGUGAUCGUGCCGGGCAGCGGGGGGCUGGUGCGGGCGGUGGCGUGGUACUCCCCGCGCAGGGGGGAGGGCGCGCUCGAGGUGCGGCUGCUGUGA